UUCAUCUUAUUCCACGUUCAUUCUCUCCCUCUUCGUAGCUUUCUCAAAGACAAUAGAAGCUUAUCUUGAAUCGCCAUGACGACCGCGAAAAGGCUCUGUUUCGUUGUUAUUCUAUCAACGUGUCUUCUAACUGUCGAACUCACGCGAGCUGAGGAGGACUCUCUCUCACCGGCUAUCUCGCCAGGACGUGAUUCUCCUCUGCCACCGGAAUCACAUUCAUCUCCGUCACCACCAGAAGCAGAUUCCCUUCCGCCACCAGCUUCAUCACCAAGACAUGAACCCCUAGCGGAUUCUCCACCACCACCUCCUCCUCAACCGUCACCAUCUCCAUCUACUGAACUAGCGCCGGUUCCUACUCCGUCAAAGGACGAUUCCCAUGAGGAUUCAGAGCCGGAGACAGAGUAUUUCCCUUCUCCAACGCCGUCUCCUGCGGCAGAAGAGCGAAAACCAGACGAUAUCAAAGCAAGCGAGGAUGGUGAUGAGUUCGAGAAAGAAGAAGAAAGCGGGAUGAGUGGAUUGGAAAAAGCUGGGAUCGCCUUUGGAGCUAUACUUGGAGUAGGAGCCAUCGUAAUGGGAGCUAUUGUUUACAAGAAACGUAGAGAUAACUUAACGAGAGCUCGUUACACUUACUUCCAAGGAGAGUUUCUUUAAACUGUUUUCUUGUUUUUUUUGGGAUUAAGAAACAUAUACAAUUUUUCAUACAUUGUAGUUUUUGGUGGCCCUACAUGAUGAAUCUUUCAUCUCUUAGUAGAGUUUAUAUUAUUAUAUAUUACCU